AAAAAAAAAGGAUUGAUAACAAAAAAAAGAGGAGGAGAAUUCAGAAAACAAAAAAACCAGACAGUUCUGUAAUCACAACCUCAAUUUUUGAUAAUCAGCUUCAUCAAUUCUUCCCAAUAUCUGAUCGCCCAGUUUUGUGAAUGAGAAGCUAAUCAAGAUUGGCCAUAGUCAAAAUUCCCUCGUUGACUUUCCCAAUUCCGUCAAUUUUUGAAGAAGGGUUAGGGUUUCUCUGCUAUUGGAUUCUUAGUACAUUCUUCUCUUCAAACUCGGGUAACUCCUAAUUUUGAUUAUUUAUUUACUGUACUGCUUUAGUUUCUUGUAAGGUUAUAGUAAGUGAGGGAAUUCUGUGAUUUAUUAGAGGAAGAAAUGAGAGAGGAUGAUUCGAAUUGGUUUUCAAAAUGGGAAGAUGAACUUCCAUCACCUGAAGAUCUUAUGCCUCUAUCUCAAACCCUAAUUACUCCUGAUCUUGCUUUAGCUUUUGAUAUUAGAACCCCAACUCCCAAUUCCAAUAACCCUUCCUCACUCCAUCACCAUCCCAAUCAAAAUCAAAUUCAAAAUCAGCACCAUCAGCCCCCACCGCCUCCUCCUCUUUCCACCUCCCCUUCCCCCACCAAUCCCUUGGCCUCCCAACCGAGUUCCGCUGAAUAUGCUGCUGAUUCGGCUGACAUGGGUUCUGGGGCUGCUGGUGAUGAACCUGCGAGAACGCUUAAAAGACCUCGUCUUGUUUGGACCCCGCAGCUUCAUAAGAGAUUUGUUGAUGCUGUUGCCCACUUGGGGAUUAAAAAUGCUGUCCCGAAAACUAUAAUGCAGCUUAUGAGUGUUGAUGGGUUGACUAGAGAAAAUGUUGCUAGUCAUCUACAGAAGUAUAGAUUGUAUUUGAAACGAAUGCAGGGUUUGUCUUCUGGUGUUAAUGGUGGUGCUGCUUCUGCCUCUGAUGCUGCUACUGAACACUUGUUUGCGAGUUCUCCUGUGCCUGCUCACUUCUUGCAUCCAGGGAGGCCUAAUUCAGAUCAUUUUCUGCCGUUUGUUCCCGUGGCGGCCCUUCAACACCAUCAUCACCAGCAGCAGAUGGCAGCUGCAGUGGGACAUCCCCAAUUGCAGACACAGUACCAUAGGCAGAUGGGCCACUUUGGUUCACCUCCAAAUGGGCAGUUUGAGCAUCCAUUUUUGGCUAGGCAGUCGCAGCACAGGAUGGGGCAAGCAGUGCACAAUACUGUGGAGGAUUUGGAAUCUGCGAAUGGGAAUGGAGGGAGGAGGGUUCUCACACUUUUUCCUACAGGGGAUGAUUGAGUCUGGUUGUUGAUGCUGUUGCUGUUGGUAAUUGAAGGUAGAAACUGGUCUUGGCUUUCCAUCUCAAGACUCAAUUGUGUUUAGUUGCUCAUCUGGAGUAAUUGGGAUGGAUGGUAGUGCCAAUUAUGACACUCUUCAAUGUAAUUAAAAUGUUGGUACUCCCAUGUCAGCUUCUUGAGAUGGAUACUCAAAAUGAUGCAUUCUGGCAUCUUGUGAUAUCGGGUCAACCUGGAUAUGGUAGAGGGUUUGCUUAUUUUGGGUAUCAAGUUGUUACGAGGGAGGUUUAUCUGAAUAUCGUGGUUGUGGACGAGGAUAAAUGAAGUUAUGUUCUCUGGGUGUUGCCACAUUCAGCACUUUUAUUAGUUCAAUGUUGUGUAGAGGUUAGGGGUGAGCAAAAUUAUGAACUGGCUGAACCGAUAACUUUCGGUCGGUUCGGUGGUAAAUUCAGGCUCUUGAAAACGGUAUUAUAUUUUAUGUAGUUCUUUAAAUAUUAAGUUUUCAUUUGAUCGCUUAA